AUGUCAGCGUUUAGUCCUGUAUCGAGCUACGAGAAAGCCUCAGAUUAUUUUCCGUCUGUGCCAUCUGUGAGCACAGUAACAUGGCCUAGCGCUGUUCCAACAGCGUUUGAACUUGGACCGUGGUACUCGUGGGGGUUACCACACUCCAAGCUGAACUGUCACGGUCCUCCCGCACCAGCAGCCGUCGCCCCGCUCGAUUACACAAGCUUCUGGCCUACAGUUCCUUCCUUGGGAAGCUGCGGUUUCUUCCUCCCCUCGGGAAGUUCCUUAGCUAGGUCGUACGAGAAACCUAGCCAGUCGUACAUUGGGCUCAUUGCAGAAGCAAUCCUUGGCUCACCGGAGAAGAAACUUGUCCUUAGUGACAUUUACAGCUAUAUCCUGACACGGUAUCCAUACUUCAGGACCAAAGGAAGCGGAUGGCGAAACAGCAUUCGCCAUAAUCUCUCUCUGAAUGACUGCUUUAUCAAAGCUGGUCGCAGUCCAAACGGUAAGGGACAUUUCUGGACGAUUUGUCCUAUGUACUACGAAGAUUUCUUACAUGGGGACUACCGCCGAAGAAGGUCUGGUAAAUGUCUCAAGCUGGAUCUGAAAUCAGAGCGACUCCUAAGCGAUUCACACCGUUACUUUGCACUUUUUAGCGAAGAACCAAAGCCGAGUGUGCUCGCUCAAAGGGAAACAUCUCCACCUAGAUAUGAACAACACGAAAGAGACGUACACAGAGAAAGAGAGAUUGAUUGUGAAACAGUCGAACAAUCUUCUUCUGAGCAUGAAAGAGAACGAAGAAGAGGUAGCUUUGACGUACAAAGCUUACUUUCCGCUCAAGUUUAAGAUAGAACAAAGAGAUGAAUUAGGGGCGAGAACAUAAUUUAUAUCUAACGUCUGGAUUAUGAUAAUUUAAUUUUAUGUAUUUAGUAUCAGACAAAGUUGAAUUCAGAGAAUUCAGGCUACAUAUUAUCUCAGAAAAAGGUUUGCCAGAUUCUGGUGGAGUAAUAUGA